AAAUCGAGUUCUUUUGUGCUAUUUCUCCGCCUGCGAGCAUUAUCUCCUUUCUGUCUCCUUUUUUCUUUUCUCACUCUCUUCUUUUCAUAUUUAUAUGUAUAACUCUUUCUGUCUCUCUUCAAUUCUCUUCUUCUUCUUCCAUUCCUUCCUUCAUUCCUCUCUCAAAUUCCCCAUUCUAAAACCGUCGCCUCGUGAACGAGUUUCCACUCACAACCCCCAACAAAGAGAACAACAACAACCCUAUACUCUCUCGACCUCGUAUUCUCCUCCGUGUCUCCCUCCUCAUUUUUUUUCUUUUCCGUUCACGAAAUCGAUGGAUUUUCUGGUGGGUCCCACUUUCACCAUCGACGUCGCCUCCUCCCCGCCUCCGUACGACGCCGACCUCCCCGGUGUCGCCACCGCCGCCGACCGACCGUACGGACUCUUCUCCGGCCACUCCUCCGACAGCGAGUCCUCGAUCGGAACCCCUGACGACAGCGAUGACGACGAAAACGAUGUCGUUUCGUCCAAAAGAAACCAAAGCGACGAAGAUGAAGACAAAGAAGAAGAAGAAGAAGAAGAAGUUCACUCCAAGUUGAAGGGUUUGGCCUCUCUUGAUUCCUUAGAAGACUCUCUCCCCAUCAAGAGGGGUUUAUCGAACCACUUCAUGGGAAAAUCGAAGUCAUUCACGGAUCUAUCACAAGUGAACACACUCAACACAGUGAAGGAACUUCAAAAGCAAGAGAACCCUUUCAACAAGAGAAGAAGGGUUCAAAUAGCCACGAAGUUGACAAGAAAAUCUUCUUUUUACGCUUGGUCCAACCCAAAAUCGAUGCCCCUUUUGCCUGUUCAUGAAGAUGAAGACAAUUUUUUGGAAGAGGAAGAGAAGCCCAAAAAAGUGUCACCAUCUUCUUCUUCUUCUUAUUCAUCAGAAGAAAAUAAACAAGAUCAUGUUUUGGUUCCUAAGUCUUAUGUUGAUCACAUGAGAGCAAGAUUUGGGAGCUUCAAGUCUAGGAGCCUCUCGGAUCUGAAAGAACAUGAUGAGGAACAAGAACAAGAAGAUGAUGAUGAUGAUGCGUGAUGUUUUGGAUUAUUUAAUAAUGUGGUUUCGGUGUAAAUAAACUAAAUAUUAUAGUGCCCAUUUUUAAUUUAGCUAGCUUAAUGGAUUUUGUAUAAAGGAAAAAAAAAAACUAUUUUGGUGCUGCUUACACAGAUAAUUGAUCUCAACUUGGAUUAUUAUUA